AUGAAUGAGAUUCCUCGGAUGGAGAACAAGGCUCAGGGUAUGGACGUCCUGCCGCCCUUGCCAGGUAACCCGCGUGUAGUGAUGGGAGACUCGCAUCAAGCAAUCACCUUCAAGGAGAAUACAAACCUCGCGCUUCAACAGGUCCAGAAGCACCCGAAGCCGAGCAAGCAGGACAAGGAGUACUGCGACAAAUGGGUUCACGAAGGUGUCUGUGCCUUCACCCAGCAGGGCUGUCGCUACAAACACGAGAUGCCGUACGACAAGGCGACUCAGCAGUCCCUCGGUCUCUUCCACGGACUGCCGAUCUGGUGGAAGAGGAAGCAGGCCGAGCUGCAUCGCCAGCAGGAGUUCAAGAACUCCGCGAAGCGCCGCACCCUGUCCAACCCGUACCAGGCAGCAGGGGCAACGGCUCUUCUGGGGGCGCCUCUUCCCGCAGAUGGAACGAAGGCUUGCUCUGUACCUACCGCCAGUACUCCUUGGAACAGUGGCUCGUGGGAGGAGGGUGCGAGCGUGAAGGAUUUGACGAAGCAUUCGGAUUAUGCUCUUUCGACUGGCUCAUAUCGAUCCCCUUAUGGUGCCAUCCAACCACCUUCUGGAUGCCGCAAGUAG